AUGAUGAAGAACAAGCGGACGAAUACUCGGCCAUUGGAGGAUGCGUCUACUGCGCCAGACACCUUCAAUGACGGCCUUCCACUGCCAAAACUGAUCGCAUUCGAUCUGGAUUACACUCUUUGGCCGUUUUGGGUCGAUACACAUGUCAGCGCACCCAUCAAACCUCGCGAUAACAAUUCUCGCUGUGUAGACAAGUAUGCACCCGAGAACCCCGAGCAUUACCUCACAUCCGAUCGUCAGACCUAUUCUGAUUUCCCUAUGCUGAUCCUGUAUGCUUCAUCUAGAUGGAACGAAUCGUUCGCUUUCUACCCUGCUGUUUCUGCGAUUAUCUACGCUUGCAAAACUCACUCGAUUCCCCUUGCUCUUGCCUCCCGCACACACGCCCCCGACCUUGCUCGCGACAUGCUCAAGGCGCUUCACAUCAUCCCAACCUUUUCAGAUAACCCGGCCGCGAAGGCACGCUCCAGCCGGGCACUAGACUACUUUGAUUACAUCCAGAUAUUUCCUGCUACGAAGACACAACACUUUUCCAAAAUCCAACAAGCCAGCGGGAUUGCUUAUGAGGAUAUGCUGUUUUUCGACGAUGAAGCGCGCAACCGCAACGUUGAGACUGAACUCGGGGUCACAUUCUGCCUCGUUCGAGAUGGGAUGACGAAGGCGGAGGUGGAUCGCGGAGUUUGGGCCUGGAGAAAAAGGAAUGGUAUUAAAUCGGCGACGCAGAAGCAGGAGAGUGCAGAAUGA